CAUCACUACACUCUCUCCCAUUCCUUACAUAAUGGCAACGUCCUGUCUUCUUCCAUGCAUUGCUGUUCUCUUUCUAGCUGCUUUUGUAUCAUCAUCUAGAAAUAUGUCCUUAGGUCCAAUUCAAGUUGAUGUCCCGAAUGAUUUUAGCUAUGUUUGUGACCCGCAGAGAUUUAGACAGCAGGGCCUGGACAUGGACAAGUUUACAUACUGCAAUAAGUCCCUUUCUUAUCAGGUCAGGGCAAAGGAUUUGGUAGAUCAAAUGACACUCGAUGACAAGGUGCAACAGAUGGGAAAUUCAGCAAAAGGUGUGUACAGAAUAGGCUUGCCAAAGUAUGAAUGGUGGUCUGAGGCAUUACAUGGUGUCUCUGAUGUCGGCCCAGGGGUCAAAUUUGACAAUGUUGUUCCUGGUGCAACAAGUUUCCCCACUGUUAUCCUUACAGCUGCAUCCUUUAAUCAGUCACUUUGGAGAAAUAUUGGCCAGGUUGUUUCAACUGAGGCUAGAGCCAUGUACAAUCUAGGAAAUGCUGGGUUGACCUUUUGGAGUCCUAAUAUCAAUGUGGUGAGGGAUCCUAGAUGGGGAAGAAUUACCGAAACAGCUGGUGAAGAUCCUUUUGUAGUUGGCACAUAUGCUAUUAAUUAUGUAAGAGGCUUACAAGAUGUCCAAGGAGCAGAACAAAGCUCAGAUCCAAACUCAAGAUCUCUUAAAGUGUCUUCAUGUUGCAAGCAUUACACUGCCUAUGAUGUUGAUGCUUGGGAGGGUGUUGAUCGUUUCCAUUUUAAUGCAUUGGUGGCCGAGCAAGAUAUGCUGGAGACCUUUAAUCGUCCCUUUGAGAUGUGUGUUAAGGAUGGCGAUGUUAGUAGUGUCAUGUGCUCUUACAAUCGUGUCAACGGAUUUCCCACUUGUGCUGAUCCUAACCUUUUGAAAGGAACAAUCAGAGAGGAAUGGGAUUUGCAUGGCUAUAUUGUCUCCGACUGUGAUUCCAUUGAGGUGAUGGUAGAUGGCCACAAAUGGUUAGAUGACAAGGGAGAUGAUGCCUCUGCACAAACCUUAAAAGCAGGUUUGGAUUUGGAUUGUGGACAUUUCUAUCCAGACUAUCUCAAAAGUGCAGUUUUAAAUGGAAAAGUCAGGGAAGCAGAAAUCGAUAGGUCAUUGAACUACCUUUAUGUUGUGCUAAUGCGGCUUGGAUUCUUUGAUGGAAUUGAACAAUACAAAUCCCUUGGCAAGGGAGAUGUGUGCACUGAGCAGCACAUUGCAUUAGCUUCACAAGCAGCCAGAGAAGGAACUGUACUUCUUAAAAACGAAGGCGGAGCUUUGCCAUUGAGUCAUGUUUCAAAAUUGGCGGUCAUUGGUCCGCUUGCUAAGGCGACGGAGUUAAUGCUUGGAAAUUAUGCUGGUAUCCCUUGCCAAUUUGUGUCUCCCCUUGAUGGCUUGACAAAAGUUGGACAACUUUUGUCCGCAGUUGAUCAUGUGAUAUACCAACCAGGAUGUGUAGAUCCUAAGUGUCAGAAUGACUCAUUGAUUUUACCAGCAAUCAAUGCUGCUAAGGAUGCAGACGCCACCAUAAUUUUUGUGGGAACGAAUUUGUCCAUUGAAAAUGAGGGCCUAGAUAGAACAGACCUUUACCUACCUGGUUACCAAACUCAAUUGAUCAAUCAGGUUGCCGCAGUCUCAAGAGGUCCAGUAAUUCUCGUGAUUAUGUCAGCAGGUGGUGUUGAUAUUCAAUUCGCUAAAGACAACGAGAAAAUUAAAUCAAUUUUGUGGGCUGGAUGGCCUGGUGAAGAAGGCGGUCUUGCAAUUGCUGAUGUUAUCUUUGGGCGUUACAAUCCAGGAGGAAAAUUACCAAUCACAUGGUAUACGAAUGAAUAUGUCAAACAAUUGCCCAUGACAUCAAUGCCAUUGAGGCCAGUCGAUGGUUAUCCAGGAAGAACUUACAAAUUCUAUGACGGUCCUACAGUUUACCCAUUUGGCUACGGAAUAAGCUACACAAAUUUCAGAUAUGAAGUAACAUCCUCACCGGAAUCGCUUCGCUUCACCCUGAAGCCGUACCAACACUGCUACUCCCAAAACCACAUGAACAAGGAUCAAGACUCGCCAUGUCCAGCAAUCAUCAUCGAACAUUCAGAAUGCACUCACUUCAUCCAGGUGGAAGUCACAGUACACAAUGUUGGAAUGAGGGAUGGAAAUGAAGUUGUCAUGGUGUAUUCAGCUCCUCCACCGGGAAUUGUUGGGGCUCCUAUCAAGCAAUUGAUCGGUUUUCAGAGAGUUCACGUUGCUGCUGGUCAAAAUGUAAAGGUGAAAUUCUCGUUCAAUGCUUGUGACAGUUUCAACAUCAUUGAUGCUGCUGCCUACAAUAUUUUACCGUCCGGUACUCACAAAAUCUUUGUGGCUGAUGAAUCAGUACCACUUGAAGUUAAUUUUGAUUAUUAGGAAGUUUAUGAUUUACUUUUUAUAACAUUCCUCAAUUAGGCUUGGGAUGUAAAUAAAGGCUAUAUGAAAGUGAUUUUUUUUUUUGCCCUUCUAAAUUCCUUAAAAUUUAUUUUGGGACAAAGAGUAUAUGAUGUCUUGAUUGUUGCAGCUUGCAGGUGCCUAAUUCCCUCCUUAAUUAAUAAUGAACAAAUGAAGCAAAUUUAGUUAU